UAAACGCGCGCAACCGAGCGAGCAACCCCCUCGUUUUCCAUUGCGCUGCGGGCUGCUUUAACAAACGCGAGGCAAAACGGCGGCACGCGUGUCCUCCACCCCACCCAACCCAUCUCAAAACCCUAGCACUCACGCCUGUGCCGCUACCCGAAUCCCAGUCCGAUCCCCGGCGGCGAGGAGUCCCCGCCUCGAUUUGCCGCGGCAGAUCGGCGGGCGGGCCGGGACCCGCUAGAUUCAGAUUCGGAAUCGGUUGGGGUUCCUCGUCGGGUUCGCGUCGCGGGCGCCUGAGAGUAUGGUGGGCGGGGGGAGGCGGGGCGGAGCAGCGGAGGAGGUGAAGCUCAACACCGGCAACGUGUUCGCGGCGCUCGAGUCUCUCAAGAAGAAGAAGAAGGGUGACAAGGGCAAGGCGGGCGGGUCCUCGCCAUCCUCCAGGAACAAGCACGGCGAGGGGGCCGCGCAGCAGCAGGCGCCGCAGCAGAAGGAGGUCUUCUGGGCGCCUGCGCCGCUCACCACCAAAUCCUGGGCCGACGUCGAGGACGACGACGACGACGACUACUUCGCCACCACCGCGCCGCCGCGCCCCGUCUGGGGUGCCGCCGGCCACGGCAAUGACGCGGGGAAGGACGUCGAGGACGCUGUGCGCGCUGCCCUCCAGGAGGAAAUUGAGAGUGAUGAUGAGGACCUUGAUGAUGAGGUUGAUGAUGGUGCUGAGGAUGAGCAUGAGCAUGAAGUGGAAGAUGUCUCAGCAGAACCUGCAAUGAAGACAGCUGCAGCUCCGACUGCGCCACCUAAAGAUACAGAAAGGCAGCUAUCUAAAAAGGAGUUGAAAAGGAAGGAACUGGCAGAACUUGAUGCUGUACUGGCUGAGCUGGGACUUUCUGGGAAUUCAAGCAAUGCUGCACAGGAUGCUGAGAAGAAAGGCGCAAAUCAAACUGCUGAUGGAGAGAAAAAGGAAGAUGCUCCUGCCCCCUCAGAGAGCAAGACCUCCAAGAAGAAGAAAAACAAGAAAGACAAAAGUUCAAAGGAGGCAAAAGAAACACAGGAAGCAGCUGAUGGGACAGAGGACACUGCCAGUGCAGAACCUGAUGAAAAUACUGCUUCGGUGGAUGUGAAGGAGCGCCUAAAGAAGAUGGCGUCAAUGAAGAGGAAGAAAUCAAGCAAAGAGUCGGAUAUGGCUGCAAAAAUUGCUGCUGCUGAGGCCGCCGCAAGGAAUGCGAGGCUUGCUGCAGCCAAGAAAAAAGAGAAGAGUCAUUACAACCAGCAGCCCGUGCGGUAAAUGGGCAAAAAGUUUUGAAUGCUCAGUUUGAUAUCCCCUUGUUCAUUUUGGAUUCCCAAUAAAACUUUUUUUGAGUUGUCGUAUUUAUGACCUUGAAGCGCCGUUCUGAGAUUCAUUUCAGAAUUCAUGAUGGCCUUUCUGGUCGCUAUACGGUCGUGUAAUUGUGUUUUGAAUUGUUCAUCCAAUGGAACUUCAUGGGACAACAUGGCCAUCGAGGGCUACUCGGAUA